CAUUUGUUGCCUCAAGUGCGGGGUUUAUGAGAUUCGAAGGUGGUCAUCAUCUGUGUUCAAAACUACGUCCACUCGAGGGAGCUACAUUAUGGGGAACAACAACAGCUUGGUCCAUUCCGAGGUGCCAUUAAAACUCAAGGAGUUAUCUGAAGUUGUGCUGUCAGCAGGUGACCAUGAUACCGCUCGCAUCCUAGAGCAGAUUUCCUCAUCGCAGGAAUUGAUCAAAUCCUGGCACACCAAGUUAAUAUCCAAUGAUUGUGCUAAGGGCAACUCACUUGCUGGCUCAGAGAUGGGCAAAUGGUUUCAAGUUUGGAAGAAUGACAAAGGCAGAGAGCUCUCAGAUGAUCAGGUCUGUCGCCUGGCAGCACUGACGAAAAACAGGAGACGACGAAGCCAACAGGAUAUCCCGAAACGCUUGUUUGACUGGAUUAGAGAUCCAGUCCUAAAGUUCUGGGGCCAGAAAGCACUACCUCAGAGUACCCAACUUAUUGACUGUUGCCUUCAUGACGUUGAUGAAACUGAAAAUUCUUCUCUCAUGAGUCCUAUACGCCGAAGAGUUAUCCUUGUGAUUCUUCAUGAUCUGAUUCAGCGAGAGAAAAAGCAUUUGCAAGACCUAGCCAGCCAGCGUAAAACCAGGUCCCAUGGCCAUCCUAAUUCAGGGCAAGGCAAAAAGUUUCUUACUGAAGCAAUCAGUAACAUUAUCAACAGAACAUACUAUCAUCUCAACUUGUCACAGGACGUUCUGGACCAGAAGCGCAAGCGAUGUACUGAACUUCAACGCUAUGGUGGAAAAUGGUCUCUAUUUGGUCGUAGAGAGGCCAUCUUAGAGUUCCCUAUGCCAUAUGCUGCGAACAAUUUCGAGCGCGCCAAGCUAGAGGUUAUUGAAAUCGAAGCCUUGAAUGCAUAUGAAGAAAGUAUGUAUGAUCAAGGUUAUCGAUCGAAACUACGAGACGCAUACAAUGCUAUAUACGACGCCUACAUGUCUCGUCGUUGCAACUUUCCCGUUUGGCCUUACCAUCCUGAUAAUACCAAAUCACUCACGACCGUUCCUGAUGAUGCACACCAAAAAAGGCUUCGCAAUAACCCUGAGUACACAGAUGAGCGGGCCAGAAAGAGACCAGCCCUGAUCACAUCCAGACACCAGGAAGGGGAUGUGCAAAACACCACGCCCCCGCUUCGAAGCAUCAAUAUUGGAGAUCCCACGAUUCGGGUCCAGUCUGGUUGUGGAAAUGAAGCCGAUAACCGGGUGCCUUCUGCGCCUAUACUCAUUGAAAGAAACAGCCCGCAGCUUACCCAAUUAUCACAAACAAAUGGCUCUGGGCCUAUCUGCCAGCAACAAACCCACCAGCGACUUGUCAACAAGUCACAAUCUGGUCGUAUUCCGACUCAGCUUCCAAGAUACGAUGUUCAGGAGCAGCCUCAUAGGAUUUCGGUAGCUGAGAUCGCAGAGACUUGUUCCGCUGCAAACAGAGAGACGCCUGGCUUUCCAUCUUGCAGACAGGCCGACAUUCCACACCCAGAGCCCGCAGAUGCUCGGGCGACUACCACGAUGAUGGCAAGCAGUGAGGAGAUCUCUCAUCAACAACCCAGUGAUGUCCCUCAACCUGAUGCGACAGACGCAUGGGCGACAGCCACGUUUCUGGCAAGUAGUGGGGGCUUCUCUCAUCAACAGUCAAGCGAUGUCCCUCAACCUAGUGAAACAGACGCAUGGGCGGCUACUGAGAUAAUGAGUCAUGUUGGAGGUUUCUCCCAUUCGCCAACUACUAUACCUCAGCCUGAUGCGUCAGAUGCAUGGGCGGCUACUGAGAUGAUGAGACACCUUGGAGGCUUCCCCCAUCCAUCAAGUACUAUCCCUCAACCUGAUGCGACAGACGCAUGGGCGACAGCCACAGUUCUGGCAAGUAGUGGGGACUUCUCUCACCAACCAUCUACACCUGGUCGCGGAGCCAAGGCGGUGAGAGCCGCGACGCAACUUGCCACUUUCCUCUGGUCUGGACAUCAUAAUUCGAUGAAGUCCCCGAUGAUCGGGUGACCCAUCUGUGUUUUGGUAGCCCCAUUGGUUUAUUCCCAUCUGGUUUUGACCUUACGUACGCAGAGUAUAGGCUAUGCUUCUACUAUUGUCUCAAUGUAUAGAACGAGGUGAAGUAACUGGCCUAGGUUUAAGUGGGCUAACCCUGUGCGUUAGGUCCAUUCAAAUCUACGAGAAAAUAAAUUCAACAGUUAUUAAUUCGAUCGGUUUAUGUAUGUAUGUUAGAAAAUUUGUUCAUUUCAGUCGUAGAAAAGGAUGCUGCGCCAAUUCGGAUGCCGUUUUCCUGUCCUCUGGACGCCAGGUAAGCAUCAUCCUUACCAGAGAGAGAAAACCGUCCCUUUCAUUCUGAUCUAGAGAAUGAAGUGUAUCUGCAAGUCCUCUGUCAGGUAUCAGAUUUUCAAAUAAGAAGUUCCC